UUUCAGCAUUACCAAACAAAUGAUCUUGGUACAUAAUCAGGGCCAGCCCAGUAUAGGUGCACCCAGCCAAUUCGCACAGACCCAAAGUUUUGGAAAGCCCAAUAAAAAAAAAAUAGUAGUACUACGUAUUACUCAGGAAAUACAGAACGAACGAAGAGAAAGCUGAAGCCUGAAAGCGCCGACGAGUUGACGACCGCCUCCAGCCUCCAGGACUACGACCGCACCGCCUGUCCGCAGUCCGCACAACGACCUUUCCGGCAGUCUACUGUCCACGCUACCUGCAGUAACCGGAAAUAGGGAGCAUGGACUUUGGCUCUUGACUUGGUAUUUGCUACAGCUUCAAAGUUGGGAAAUCUCUGGGUUCUGAUAACCCAAACCCUUUCCUUCAUUGACUGCUGAAUUAUUGUUGUCUGAUAACAAUCGGCUAGAAAAAUAACCUUUUUUGGGAUACCCAUUUGGCGAAGAUGCAUGAUUUUUGCUUCACUAUACCGUAUGGUUUAGUUCUGGUGUGUGGUGGAAUCAUUGGGUUCGUCAAGAAAGGAAGCAUGGGUUCACUUGGGGGAGGCGCGGGCACUGGAUCUUUGCUCCUCCUAGCAGCUUACCUCAGCCUCCAAGCUUUCCACAAGCGCAAGAACUCUUACUUCGCCUUAAUUCUUGAAACCCUUUGUUCUGCGGUGCUGACAUGGAUAAUGGGGCAAAGGUACAUGUCAACUUCAAAGGUAAUGCCCGCUGGUGUCAUCGCUGGGAUCAGUGCAGUGAUGACUGGAUUUUACCUGUACAAGAUUGUCACUGGUGGGAACCAUUUCCCUUCCAAGGCUGAGUGAUGUGUCUUCUGCUUGUUAAUGCUCUAACUUCAUUCUGUUUCUAUCGACGAUCUAAACGAGGUCCCCCAUUACUUCAUAUGGUGGACCUUAAUAGUUUCUGUGAAACAUAACAGUGUCCCAAGGUUUGGAGUGUGUAUCUGUUUUGUUUUUCAUUUUCUCCAAUCAUCACCAAGAUAUAUAUGUUCUCAACAUUUAAGUAUCUAUUCUAAAAAUGGUCAAACGUCUAUCCAAACUUGCAACCUUUUAUUCAUUGUUGAUGUAUGAACUCUCUGGUUUGUUAUUACAUAUAUUCUUCAAAAAAGUGAAAAAACCGAAUGGGCUUAGCUAAAAA